AUGCCUGAUUACGCGCGGCAGAGCGCCCUGGAUCUGGAUGAAAUGUACGGCAGUUAUGCCAAAAACGAGAGCAACAUCGCUACGAUGAGAAACAUUCGCACCAAGGAGAAAAUGAACAGCGCUGUAAGUGACCGCAAUUGGCGGAGCUCACACGAAGAAAUUACUGAGCUUCAAACACAGCAUCACUGCGAGGACAAAGAGUGUGGCGGCAGUCCAAGCAUGAGAUGUGUCAGCGCGCUGCACUUUUGCUGGUGUCUUGCUCCCAUCGUCGACAAAGACAAAAAGUCAGAUACAUACGGCCAAGUCGUAGUAUGUGGGCAGCGCUUCCAGUGCAUCUCCCCCAAAGGAUGCGCCAGGCAUCCAUAUCUUGAAGGCUUCAACAUCGACAUCAGGGACGCGCGCAACGGCUACCCUGCCACCGAGGUCAGAUGGAGGCUCAUUUUCGAGUUGUUCAAAACUGAACACGAUGCAGCAUUGGCUAAUAACGCGGAGCAACAAGAACUGUCAAGAGAUUGGGAGGGUAUGACCGACCAUCAAAAGCGGCGCCAGCGAAAACUGCAGGACCAAGCCGUGUUCCAGAGACGUUGUGAACAGGAGCGGGCUGCUGGCCGAUGGGAGAUCAAUCAGUUGCCGUUGAUAGAUGAAGAGAUGUUCCUAGCAAGGGACGAAGACAUUGUAGGUGCUGCAGUUGGAUCUUAUGGUUUGUGUACCGUGUAUCGAGCGCCAUCUACCAGACCAUUAGUCAGACUAACGUACGCCGUCAAGGAUGACUACAGGCCUAUAACCCCCGAAUCCGACGAACCGUCAUCUGCGAAAGCGACACUGAGAACGCUACCCAUCGCAACUCUUCUUCUGACCAAAGACUCCGAGUUACUGUCUGCUCCUACAGACGCGGGCGAAGUCACAGACCAGCAAGCAUCCAUCAAGAUAUCUGCGACUCGACUCCAUUGGAGAGGCACUAAGACACAGGGUGACAAAGCUACCCCGAAGCCCGAUGAGAAAGAUGACAAGAGUCCUAGAGUUAGGGAUGGUAUGAGAGGCGGCAACGCGGGCAUCAGUGUAAAGGCCGGUUUGCGCAACAAGACUGGAAGGUACGCAUGCGUAUGA